AUGUCUGGCAGGGAACCCUUGAACCGAUCUCUCCUACCAUCCCAGCUAGUUUCGCAAGACCCUGCAAGCCACAGUAACCGGUACAUCGAGCACGGAACCAUCUCGGCCGUCGACGCGGAAGAACACCCCGAUGCCCUCCGGCCGCGGAAGAGACGACGGAACAGUAUCGACCGUCUCUUUGAGCAAAUGCAGAGCAUGCAAGAGCAGAUCACCGCGCUCUCAUCCGCCGUGCAUCUGCUCGCCGAAGGGCAUCCCGGCAUCACGCCUCCGCGGUCAACUGAGACGAACCAACAAUCGGUCGUGACGUCACAGCGGCCCUUCAGUCGUUUGUCGACAGCAGGAAGGGACUGCUUCCAAGGCCCUACGACCUCAGCGUUUAGUUUCGACCUCGCGAAAUCAAGCCUCCAGAGUCGGGGGAUCGUUGAGCGGCAUGAAGCAGACGGAGAGGCCGAUGCCGAUGGAUACGUGACUCAGGAACCAUCUCCGCGGCCAUCCCCCACAGCGCCGGACAAGAGUGUAAACCUCCGAGGUGGUGAUGCGCUCUGGAUGAUUGGGAAGACUGAAGCGCUGCGGCUGUGUCGGGUGUAUGAGGAAGAGAUGGGAAUCAUGUAUCCCGUUCUGGACCUCUCGGAGCUUUUGCAUCAGGUCGAAGUCCUUUAUAGCUCGCGGUCUGGUGAGCAGAGUACUGAGGCGUUGGAUAGUGAUGAUGUGCAUAUCCUGCGCCUGGUAUUCGCGUGCGCCUUGACGGCUGAGGCAAGCGGGAGUAGUGAGUUGGCAAUGCGUCUAUUCGACAGUGUCCGUGAGGUCGCGGAUAAUUGUGUCUGGGGGGCACCGGCGAUUAAAAGUAUCAUAUUUCUGACCUUAGUGGCGAUAUUCUAUUUCCAAAUGGACGAAGAAACCCUGGCCUGGCGAACAAUCGGUAUCGUCGAGCGCAUGUCGCUGGAAAAAGGACUGCAUCGACGAGAAACGCUCACUCAACUAGGCCUUGCGGCAGAAGGACGCGAACGCGUGCUUCGACUUUUCUGGUCUAUCUACAUCCUCGACAUACGCUGGAGUUUUGGAACGGGCAUGCCCUUCUCUCUCGAAGACACGGACAUCGAUCCCUGGCUCCCCGAGCCGGAAGAGAAGACGCCCUACCUGCGCGUCAUGAUCCGAUAUAGUCGGAUCGCCGCGAAAGUGUGGAAAUUUAUCUCAGCAUUCAACAACACCGACGAGAUCAGGAAAGACGAGAUGAACUACCUCAACUGGCAGGUUCUGCAAUGGAUCGGCGCGAUUCCUGACUCCCUACGUCUCGACCACCACCCCGUCGCCGAUUCUGGUCAGGACGAACCUCGGAGCAUUCGUCGUCUUCGCAGUCUGCUCUACCUGCGCUCUAACCAACUGCGCAUGCUCAUCCAUCGACCGGUUCUGCAUUCCGCAGCACAUAUUAUGCGGUAUCCAUCCGAGUCGCAAACUGUUGUCGAUAUCGCCAAGGAUACGAUUCGCUUCAUCGCGCGCCUCAAUGAAACGUCGGAUAUUUAUCGCCUCCAGCAAGUGGCCUUCAACUGGUUCCUGGUAUCUGCUCUGGCGGUGCUGUUUCUGGCAGUCGCUCAAACGCCAAGCCAAUUCAGUGGAUCCUGUAAGGAGGAAUUCUACAUGGCGCUUGAGCUCGUCAAAGGGUUUUCUACUCGCUCGUACAUCUCUAGGAAGUUGUGGAGGUCUAUUCGCAGUUUGAGGAAACUAGGACCUCAGUUAGGAUUGCAUGUUCACGGAAAUCAACCCCAACAUCAACAUCAACACUCUGCGCAGGAGGAGUCACAUACGGGUGAUGGAGUAUACCACCCUGAAGAAAAUGGUGAAACAGAGAUAGAGUCAUUCGACGCACCGGUGUCCACCAGCAACCAUAGUCAUUCGCCGCUGGACGGAGCGCAAAUGACCCGCGAGUUGAUGGAGUGGUUCGAAGCGGUCGGAAACCUAGAAGAUCAAAUUAUGGGUGUUGGACCGCAGAGUUUGUCGGAUUUGGGAUGGCAGCAUGGAGGUCGCAUGGCGGGUGGGAAUGGUUACUUGGUCGAUUACGGAGGGGAGCUGUCGAGUUUGAUGAAGGAUUGUUUCUAG